UCCCACUCAUCUCCUCUCCGCUCUCUAUCAAAAAAUCAGAUUGAAAGAACAUAAGGAAACCCUAGCGGACCAGCUGCCGCAGCAACCGCGACCACUGCAGCCGCCGCACCAACCGCAACCACUGCAGCCGCCGCUCCCACCGCCACCACCGCAGCCCCACAGCCCCGCGGAACCGACAGACACUGGAGCUCCUCUCCUCAGCUCGCACGUGCUUUCUCUCCAUUCGCCGGUGUUGCGCCGCCAAAGCUCCGUCGCCAUCGCAGGAGCUGUAUCGCCGUGGUAGGAGCCUCGGUCACCGUCCUAGGUAGCUGUGUCGCGGCUGGAGAAAGCUCCGUUAAUGUCGCGUGGAAGCUCUGUGGCCGUCGCCGUCUCCCCUGUUCAAGCGCUCUGUCUCUCUGUUCGCCGGUGUGGCCGUGUCCUUCGUCGUCGCCGUCACUCCCCUCCUCGUAGCCGCCGGGAAGCAGGUUCGUGGAUAGGAGGUGUUCUCCUUUAGUCGUCAACGUCUACGCAGCCGGGCUAUCCUCACCGUCGCGAUCUUCUGUACUCGCCCUUCUUGUCGUCGUGGUCACAUCUGUUCCGUUUAUCACCUCUGCGCGUACGAGUCUGCUUGGUGUCCGGGCUCCAUUCCCUGGUAGGGUUGAGGAUGGAGGGCAGGAAUGGUUUGUUUGGUGGUUGCGAGGAAUUUGGGAAUGCUAGUGGAUCAAUUUGCAAAAAUGAUAGCGCAGAGAAUGGUUGUGACAGUGAAGCUCGUCAACCCAGUUUGGAUGAUGAUGCAUCAGAUUAUGGAGACGUUAUAAGUCUCACGGCAGAUGAUAUAUGUAACAAGGUCUUUCGGAGCGAGAAACGUGCUUAUGAUUUCUUCGCAAAACUUGGAAAGUUUGUUGGGUUUGGGGUCCGAAAGGGUGACUACGGGAAAGAUGAGGAGGGGAAUUUGAUAAGGCAGAGAUUCUUUUGCAACAAGGCCGGUUUAAGGGACCAGAAGCAUUACAACCGGGUGGAUAGAAAAAGAUCACAUCGUCCAGAAACGCGCACGAAUUGCAAGGCAAUACUGUCAGUGUAUCUUGAUAGGGUUUCUUGCACUUGGAAGGUUAGGAAGGUGAACAUGGAACAUAAUCACCCACUCACGCCCAGGAUAAUGGUACACAUGAUUCCAGGAUUUCGCCGUAUGUCAGAUUCUGCCAAGGCACACAUAGAUAGGAUGCAGAGGUACGGCUUACCAACCUCAAAGAUACUGGGGUACAUGGCAGGAAUUUCUGGGGGGUAUUCUCUCCUUGGAUUCACCAAAAAGGAUGCUUACACUUACAUCGAUAAGAGCAAACGCAACAAGAUUACGGAUGGUGACACUAAUGCGGCCGUCAUAUACCUUGAGGGAAAGGCCACAGCCGAUCCGAUGUCGAUGGCAAGGUACAACCUCACCGAUGAUGGUAUGUUGGCGAACCUCUUCUGGGCUGAUGGAGCAAGUAGAAUAGAUUACCAAUAUUUUGGUGAUGUCCUUGCUUUCGACUCCACCUAUAAGAAAAACAAAUAUAAGAGGCCGUUGGUCAUAUUCUUCAGCACGAAUAACCAUAAACAAACAACAAUCUUUGGCUUUGGUCUUGUUUUGGAUGAGCGCAUACCUUCUUACACGUGGAUGCUCGAGAGCCUGGUUGAAGUAAUGUGUGGCAAGACACCGUCCGUAGUUGUUACAGAUGGAGAUGAUGCAAUGAUUGCAGCUGUGCGGAAAGUUUUUCCACGAGCAACUCAUAGGCUGUGUGCGUGGCACCUACAAAGAAAUGUAACCUCGAACUCAAACGAGGAAGUGUUUCGGAAUGUGUUUGCAAAGUGGUUAUAUGCUGACAUGGAAAUUGCUGACUUUGAGGCUGAGUGGGCUCAGGCAGUGAUAGACUUUGAAUUGAGUGACAAGUUAUGGGCUUCGCAGAUGUACGAGAAGCGAGAGAUGUGGGCUAACGCAUAUCUGCGGAACAAGUUUUGUGCUGGCUUUUGGACGACAUCUAGGUGCGAGGGAAUCAACGCUAAUGUAAAAAAAUUCCUCACUUCUAGGCAUAGCAUUCUAGAACUUGUUCAAAAUCUUGAGUUGCUUGUUCGGGAGUACUGAAACAACGAGCUUCUUGCACAGUUUAAUACGUUAUAUAGCAUGCCGGUCAUCACAAGUUGUUUGGAUUCCAUUGAAAGAUCUGCUGCCAACGUGUAUACUCGAGCUGUAUUCAACGAGGUUAAAAAAGAGAUGGAUUGGGUGGGCACAGUCAAUUUUGUUAGUCAAAAGAGGGUCUCCACAACAAUUUUGUAUAUCACAGAAGACUAUGGUAAACCGGGAAGACGAGUUAUGACGCCAUUUGAGAAUAAUGUGGUUAAGUUAGAAUGUCGUUGUGGGUUCUGGGAACGAGUGGGGUACCCUUGUAGGCACAUGUUUUUCUUUAUGAAGCACGAGCAUUUGAAAGCUAUUCCCGAUCGCUUGAUAAUUAAAAGAUGGAGAUAAGAUGCCAAGGACAUCGGACAGUAUGUUGAUGACAUCGAAGAGGAAUCCGAGAGGGGCUUUUUGCUGAGGCAUGGUGCCCUUCAUGCAGCUUCUCAAUGGAUGCUUUUUGUUGGUGCAAAGAAGCAAGAGCUGUUUAGAGUUGCUUUGAAUGGGAUUAGAAACGUAUGCAGGGACCUGGAAAUUGGGAAUGCUAAAGCUGCAAAUGGUGCUUCGAAGAGGGUUGAAGUCGGCAUUAGGGUCCCAGUGGUUGUUAGAACGAAAGGAGCGUCGUCUUCAAAGAAGUUAAAGUCGAAGAAAAGAAGGUGUACUAGUUGUAGAAAAACAGGGCACACUAAGCGGAGGUGUACAGUUACCAGGAGGACCUGUAAUGAAACAGAUGCCACGAAAGGUGCUGAUCUAUCCAACACAGACCGUGCGGAGGUAUUCUCUAUACAUAAUCAGUUGAAAUGGAUUACUAUUUUUAUUUUGUAAAAAAAAAUUUAAAAUUGUAUCUAUGUUUCCCAUUAAUGAAUUGUGCACCCAUGAUGAGUUUAUUGUGUAUUUACUGUUUCAUAUUAUGUUAAAUAUGUCGAGGCGGAGUGCACGAAAGGAGUAACACGAGCGGGUGUUAAUGCUGAUGUCUUAGAGAAACAUCAGAGUGGUGAUAAAAAAAGCAAUGGUGAUCUGAUAGUUUGCACAGCUCAAAGCCAGAACAUGCAUUCCUUAGGCGAUCAGAAUGAACCUGACUGGGAAACAAAGGUCAUGGAUAUCUUGAGGACGCUGAAUCCAGGAACGGAAGCCAAGUCUUGAACAAAAGGCGGAGGGGUGUGAUUGUUUUUUAAUUUUUUUAUUUUUUUUUGGACGGAGUGUAAUUGCUAUAUGAAGUGUUAUGGUUUUUUUUGUUUGUUUUUAACAAUACUAGCAUUGUUGACUGUGGAUGCCUAUGUGUAAAUGGCGGUCUAAUGGAGAUGAUAAUCCUUGCCAAUCCUUUUAACAUAAAAAAAAUGACGAGAAAUCAUUUAAGUCAAUCUGUGAGCAUUUAGCAACAAUUGGGUUUCGGAUAUUUUAUUUCACUUAGAUUGUCAAAAAUGUAAAGGCUGAUUAAAUGGUGCCAAAAGGCCCAAUUCAUAGUUAUUCAUUGUUAUCACUAGGUCCUGUGUUCCAUUAAAAGGCCCAAUUCAUAGUUAUCACUAGGUCCUGUGAUCCGCUAAAAGGCCAAUUCAUAAUAAUCAUCAGGUCCAGCAACAUACGAUAGGGAAUGCCAGAUGUUCACAACAUAGGGAAGGGUAGAAGUACAAACCUGAGUAGUUACUAGAAGUAAAAUAAUUGCUAGAAAAUUUAUGCUACAAACGGAAACGAAGAAUAGAGUUUGAUACUCAACGGAGAGUUGAAUACUUUUUUUUGAGAGGCCAAAAUAAAAGAGGUAUUGUCGUUGGAAGUAAUUUGCAAAAAUUUCCUCCAUUAAAUGUAGAGAUCGAAAUUGCAGAAUCUGAUGGCCUCAUCCCUCUUAUCGUGUACGUCG